AUGUGGGUCACGGUGGGUUUCCUUUGCUGCCUGACCUUCGGGAGUCUGCCCUGGAUGCUCUGUUUCUGCCCUUCUCAAUGCAGCUGCUCCUUCUACAGCAUCAGUGAAAGGACAAAAGGAAGAGCUAUUCUGUGCAAUGACCCGGAGAUGACGCUUACACCUGUCAACUUCCCGGGAGACACUUUUAAACUUCGGAUAGAAAAAACAGCAAUCCGAAGAGUCCCUGGGGAGUCUUUCCAUUCUCUUCACAACCUGGAAUUCCUCUGGAUGCCCUACAAUGCCUUGGCAAGUCUCAGAGUGACUAACUUCAGGGGCCUGAACCAGCUGCAAGAGCUCAGACUGGAUGGAAAUGUCCUCACCUCCUUUCCAUGGGAAGCUCUUCCAAGCAUGCCCCAGCUGAGGUUGCUGGACUUGCAUAAUAAUCAAAUUGCCUCCAUACCAGGCCAUGCUGCUCAAUAUAUCCAGAAUAUCACUUACCUAGAUAUCUCAAGCAAUAAACUGAUGAUGCUUCCUCAGGAACUGAUUGCGGUCUGGUCAAGUCUCCAAGCAGUUCCAUACUUCCCUAAUGACAACUCUAAGAUCAUCCUAGCCUUACAGGACAAUCCGUGGACAUGUGACUGCAGCCUCUAUGAAAUGGCUCACUUCCUCAAUUUCCCGUCCCCCAACAUCGCAUUCAUUGAUCCAAAGCUGAAAUGCUUCAGUCCUGAGAACCUGGCCAGAGUUUUCUUCAGUCAAGUGGAGCUGAGGAAGUGUCAGAGCCCGGCUGUGCACACCUCAGUGGCUAAAGUGAAGACCAUCCUAGGGAGCACUGUCCUGCUGCGGUGUGGGACCACUGGGGUGCCCGUUCCAGAGCUGAGCUGGAGGAGGGCGGAUGGGAAACCACUCAAUGGCACAGUACAUCAAGAAAUUUCCAGUGACGGAACAAGCUGGUCUAUUUUAGGAUUGCCUGUUGUCUCUUACUCUGAUUCUGGAGAAUACAUAUGCAAAGCAAAAAACUUUCUUGGAGCCACCGAAGCAUUUAUCUCCCUGAUCAUCACCGAUUCUAAAAGCAUUGAUGACCCCCUGACAGAUUCAAAAGGAAUGUGGAACGGACAAGUCAAAGGAAUGGAAACAGGAGCCUACAAUGACAAUUUGGUAGCAAGAUAUGUCAUGACAACUUCAGUUUCUCCCACCUUGGGUGUCAGACCAGGUCAAGCCAAAACAGAUGGGAAUCUGGUGCUUCGAGAUGAGGCACUAAAUAUGAAGAAGAACCCAAGAAAUAUUUUAGCAAGUCUGCCCACUACUCACCAAGAAUCUGAGCGCAUAGUGAGGUCUGUCAGAGUAAUUGGAGAUACUGAUCAUAGUGUCUCCUUAGCAUGGAAAGCACCCCGGGCCAAUAAUACUACUAUGUUCAGUAUCCUUUAUGCAAUCUUUGGAGAAAGGGACAUGCGCAGAAUCAAUGUGGAGCCAAGGAAGACCAGGAUCACCAUCAGUGGGUUGAUGCCCAAGACCAAAUAUAUCGCCUGUGUUUGUGUGAAAGGACUAAUACCCAAAAAGGAACAAUGCAUAAUUUUUUCAACAGAUGAAGUUGCCAGUGCUGGUGGAACCCAAAAACUUAUCAACGUGGUGGUCAUCAGUGUGGCUUGUGUCAUUGCAGUCCCUCUGACCCUGGUGGUCUGCUGCGGGGCCUUGAAAAGACGCUGCAAAAAAUGCUUCAUUCAGAAACCCAAGGAAAUUCAGGAUUCUUAUGUCACUUUUGAAAGCCUCUCUCCGGGAACCAAAGCAAAUGGGAUAGAAGGGGAAUACUUGACUCGUCACAUACCGGACGAAUCUAAUAGGUUACUCUCUUCAAGGUCCAGUGUGGACUCUGAAGCGAUUCCAAAGGCAGAUGGACAGCUAAAUGAAUACUUCUGCUGA